CUAUUUUUUUCCGAGAAGCUGUUUACGUCAAACAUGACGCGAAUAAUCGAUUUUUAAUCAUAAAUUAUUGGAACAGUAGAAUUAUAACUGUCUCGGACAUAUUUUAGGGAAAAAGGAUAGGGACAUGCGGCUAUUUGCUGCUGUAUUUUUCGGUCUUGGGGUUGUCUUUUGUCGGGCAUUUGAAUUGAAGAACUUUAAUUUUGGAGAUCAUGGGUACAAUAGUGUUUUGACGUUGUUAAACGAGACCAACAAAUUAUGUCCAGAUAUCAGCCGUAUUUACAGUUUGGAUGAAAAGACAGUUGAAGGAAGAGAUCUUGUAGUGAUAGAAUUUACUGCAGAUACACCAGGGACACACGUUGUGGGAAAGCCUGAAUUUAAAUAUGUUGGGAACAUGCAUGGAAAUGAGGUAGUCAGUAGAGAGGUGCUACUGGCCCUUGUAGCUUAUUUGUGUCAGGGUUACAGAGAGAAGAAUAAAGAAGUCACAUGGUUGUUACAGAAAACCCGUAUUCACAUAAUGCCAUCCAUGAACCCUGACGGCUGGGAGUUAGCUAACUCACGCCCAAGAAAGAAUGGAAAGAAGCCAUGGUUGGAUGGCAGAGCUAAUGCCAACAAUGUGGAUUUGAACAGAAACUUUCCGGAAGUAGACAAGUUGGAAUACAAAUAUGAGAAACUGAAGGAUGGACUAAACAAUCACAUAAUGACACUGAAUAAAGCUCUUAGCACACCGCAUCUUGCUCCAGAGACAAGAGCAGUGAUUAAGUGGUUAUAUUCUAUUCCAUUUGUGUUAUCCUCUAACCUCCAUGGAGGAGACUUGGUGGCCAAUUACCCUUAUGAUGAAUCUCGUGAUUACAGCAAGACCUCCCAGUAUUCAGCCUCUCCUGAUGAUGUUCUCUUCAGAUAUUUGGCAAAAUCCUAUUCAAAGUUUCACCCAUCCAUGUCAGAUCCAAUGCGUACACCAUGUGACAUGUCAGGUGAUCAAGAUCUGCCAGAAUUCAAGGAUGGAAUUACCAAUGGUGCAAAGUGGUACUCUGUUGCUGGGGGAAUGCAAGAUUUUAAUUACCUGGCCACAAACUGCUUUGAGAUCACACUGGAACUAGGAUGUAACAAAUUCCCGUACCCUAAAGAGGAAAAGAAGUAUUGGGAGGACAAUAGAGAGGCUCUCGUUAAUUACAUGUUUCAGGUACAUAUUGGUAUCAAGGGUGUAGUUGAGUCCAAUGGGAAGAAAGUUCCUAAUGCUACUAUCAAGGUGAUAAAUAUGACAUCAGGAUCACCGAUAAAGCAUGAUGUCCUCUCAGGAAAGCUAGGAGACUACUAUCGCUUACUCAUGAAUGGAGACUACAAAAUCAGAGUUGUUGCUGAUGGAUACUAUCCUGAAGAGCGUUGCGUUACUGUGUCAAAUAAACACAUGAAAGAAGCUCAGGUGGUGGAUUUUAACCUGACGCCUUCCUCCAGUAAGGAGCCAGAGAGACGCAAUGACUGUGUUCCCAGCAGGCAAUUGGACUUGGAUGGCGGGAUGGAGCAGAAACUCCAAGACUCUCUGUAUGAUAGGAUAUAUGGUGACUAUGUUUACAACACCAAUGAUUACCAACUGUACGACUACCUGAAGAGGAUCCUGAGACCUGUCAUUGGAAUUUAAUGUUAUCUGUCUGAAAUCUCCAUCAUCAGUCAAGGUGGUGGUAGCAUUCACUUACAAUAAACACUGGACCAAAAAAAAGUAAAUUAAAUGCAACAUUUAAAAAGAUCUUCUUAACCUGUUAACAAUAUCCCCCGAGUUGUAAACAGUUUUAUGAGUGGGAAAUUAUUCUUGUUUUUAACAAACAUUUUAUGAUGGCUAAAUCUUCAUUGUUGUAGGAUAUAAACACAAAUGGUAUUUUUAUAUAUUUAUAUAUUUUCAAGAAGAGGAUAGCAAAAUUUGAUCCCAGUUGUAUGACAAGUUGAGGCAGUUAUUUUUCCAUUGAUAUAUCAAUAUCUACAAAAACCUACUGUAUAAUGCAUUAUUUUUACUGCUGUAAAUUUUUAAGUUAAUCAAAGGUCAUGUUUUCUGUAUUCAUCAGAGUGAAUGCUGUUAAAAAAUUGAAAUCAGAAUAUAUAUAUAUA